UAUUUCGAGGUUGUUUUGUGGUUGUUGUUCGGGUUUUAUUUUGCUGGAUUAGAUUAGAUUUAGAAAAUGACUAUUUUCUUUAGAAACUUAGUCCAAAACAAUGUCAAAAUAAUUUUAACAAGAAAUAGUGAUUCACAAUUAUUUACUGUAUCAUAUAGAAAUCUAAGCAUUUUGCCUUCCGUUUAUGAUGGCAAAGAGGAUCCUGCCCCGAAAUUCUUUUCAUCAAACGUUCAAGUACUACUAAGGCGUUUAACACGGCCUGACUUCGCCAAAGUUUUUCGGAAAAGAACUAACAGUGGACGAGAUGUACUCAAGACACCAUCUUAUAAAUUUCUAACAGAUGAGGAACUUGAAGCUGAAAUUGCUAAAGCUAACAAAAGAGCUGACAGGCUUCUACAGAUGCCACCUAUUGUGAAAAUACACCAACCAAUUAAUGAAAUAUUGUCUGAAGACCCUGCUUUGAUUGGAUAUGAUAAUGUAAAAUAUUUAUUUACUGACAUAACUUUUGGGGUAGCAAAUGCUCACAGAAUUAUUGUAGAAAGGGAUCCUGAUGGCAUUCUACGCAGUAGUGAUCAUGAUAUUAGAAAGCGAUUGAAUCAGACAUAUUUUCCAAUUAAGGGUCGUAAGCUUCGUGAGCCAAUCAUGUUCACGGACAAAGACAGACUCAAUAGCCUUUUAGAAAGUGAAAAAUACGAGUUUGUGUUGGACAGAGCCUGCAUACAGUACGAACCUGAUGAGCCAUCUUAUCAGAAAAUAACCAGCAUUACAUACCAGCACAUUGAUAUGAACAAAAACUAUGACAUGUUAAGAUCAACAAGGCACUUCGGCCCCAUGGCGUUCUACAUUACCUGGCAUCAGAGCAUAGACAACCUUAUGCUGGAACUCCUUCAGACCAGCGCUGUCAGAGAAGCGGUGCUACUCACAGCGUUACGUCACGAGAUACACGGUGAUCUGGCUAAUGGAGAACAGGUUCAGGCGCUCGUUCAUCAGAUUCUUCCUACCCCAAUACAGCUAUCGAAACCGGACCGCCUCACAGAAGAAGAUAUAGAACUUGACAAUAAAUGUGUAGAAUGUAUAGAGAAAUACAUAGUCGGUAAUUCUGCGAUGAAGAGCCAACAGGAGUUGGCGUUGCAGGGCUUCAGGGAAUAUUACCAACAGAUGAUUGAACUUAGCAGAGGUUUAAAGAAGGCACAUGGUAAUGCGUAAAAAAUAGGUUAGGAAUUAUUUACUUUAUGUAUGAAUAUAGUUAAUAUAAAUC